AUGUUCAAGUGGCUGUUGCUACUACCGUGCUUAACGCUGGCGAAGCUGGACAAUUGUUUCGAGCGCGUUCGCAAUCACACAUUAAUCGGUACUGUACACGGCGUCCUGAACCACGUUACAUUGCCACAGUGUCAGCAAGCUUGUCUGGAAGCAAGGAAGCAGAGUUGCAGAUCGUUUAUGUAUCACACGGCGAAAUCGAGAUGCUAUAUGAACUCUGAAGACAAGGAAUCCCGCGACUCAUCUCUCUUCCCGCUUCUGGAUGCGGUGGAUUACUAUCACAGAAUGUGCUACCAUACAACAAGAAUGGAGUCGAAGAGCAGCAUACAAAGAGAUUCUGCAUUCGAUGAAAAAUGUUACGAAACAAUCGAAGGGAAGGUACUGAUCGGUAUUGUUGAUCAGCUCAUUAAAGAUGUUACUACACUUGAGCAGUGUAAGAAGCAAUGUCAAAAGAGCAAGGAAGCAAGUGGUAUAAACUGUAAAAGCGCGAUUUACUACGAGAAGGAAAAGGAGUGUAUAAUCGCAUCGCAAUCACGAAAGGACAUUCCGGAGCUCUUUGUCGAUGAUGACCAGGCCACGUACCUGGAAAACACUUGCCUCAGUAAUAACACUUCGGAAGUGAAAGAAAUUCAGUCGAUAGCCUUCACGGAAGACAUAGAAGCUUCCAUAGAGACGUCAACUCCUACUGAGGCAUUGUCAACUGUAACUGAGGUUCAAUACCAGACAGGAAAGCCACCAGUAAACAAUGUCGAGUUAUCUGGUUAUGAGGCACUUACCGACACAGAAUCGGGAAAUGUCGCCAUCACGGACAUAACCGCUACCGAUGCUGAUUCCACCACAACAAUUUCACCCACCGACGAGCCCACAACAAUAGAUGCUAGGCAAAUCGCUGACGCUUUAUGGUUUUUCCAGGUAAUCGACACGUAUAACGUUGACGUGGCAGUAAAAUCACCAGCAGAAAUUAGUUUCGGCAAACGGCUGCGAGAUUCCAGAGUAAAAGAAUGCUUCACUGAAGUUCGUCCUCUUCGUCCAAUGGAUCAGACAAGAGUUACCAAGGCGUAUUCGCUGGAACAAUGUACCGACAUCUGUCGCCUUUGUUGGAGAUGUCUACAUGGGAAGAAAUGCCUCGGUGUUGCUUUCGACAUGUGCGUAUAG